GUCUCUCUCGCUUCUCCACCUCCGCUAGCGGCAGUGCGAUCUGACAGCGGCUCCGCGUCUCUCCAAAGAAAAGCUCCGCUCUUCACUUUUUUUCCGCCCAUCGCACCCUCCCUCCCUCAUUAUCUCCGCCGACGGCUCGGAGGACGGUGCGCGCAGUUCAUUUGGGGCCUGGGUCUGGAAUAAGAAAGCAUUGCUGUUUCUGACUAGAGAGAAGAAAGAUUGACUCCUCUGGAUUUCCAAAGAGAUGUGAUCCGUACGCCUUGAUGUGACCAAGAGACCGAAAGGGGAAUCCCGAGGAGCGUCAUUCUCUCCUUCCUCCAGUCUGAAGCGGCCUUGCUGUCAGCUUUCUUAUCCCGGUGGGAGCCCGAGCUGGCCUACCUGGACCUGUGUGAUGUGUUCAUGUGACAAGAUGCUGGCACCUGCAUGAGCCACUGUGUGCAGCCUCAUCUCCGGCUCUCUCCCCUGAGACGACUACAGCAGGAUGAGCAUUGGAGGAAGGUCUCAGAGGAGAGAAUGUUCCACUGAUUUUCACACCUUCAACCUCAAACUCUCACGCCAUUGGGACAGUUAUUGGGGUUUGUAAAGGCUGUGAAUAUCCUGCAUCUGAGACCAGGCUGACUCACGGCGGACUGUGAGCCAGCGCCUCCGAGGCUGCUGAGGGAUGUCGGUGCCAAGCUGUCACAUGAUGCACACGGCCAGGCCUGCGCUGCUGCUUCUGUGUUUCCUGCUCCUCGCUGACGCCGAAUCUCCCCCCAAAUUUCUAAGGACUCCCAAUGACCAAACGGGAGUGCAAGGAGGGGUGGCCUCUUUUAUCUGCCAGGCCACCGGGGACCCUAGACCCAAGAUAGUGUGGAACAAGAAGGGGAAGAAAGUCAGCAACCAACGAUUUGAGGUGAUAGAAUUCGAUGACGGAUCUGGGUCUGUUCUGAGAAUUCAGCCGCUCCGCACCCCAAGGGACGAAGCCAUUUAUGAGUGCGUCGCCACCAACAGCGUUGGGGAGACCAGCGCUUCCACGAGACUCACUGUUUUACGUGAGGACCAGCUGCCCCCGGGGUUCCCCACCAUUGACAUGGGCCCCCAGCUGAAGGUGGUGGAGCGGACGCGCACGGCCACCAUGCUGUGUGCCGCCAGUGGAAACCCCGACCCCGAUAUCUCCUGGUUCAAGGACUUCCUGCCCGUCAACACCAGCAACAACAACGGGCGCAUCAAACAGCUGCGCUCAGGUGCCCUCCAGAUCGAGCAGAGCGAAGAGUCCGACCAGGGGAAGUACGAGUGCGUGGCCACCAAUAGUGAUGGCACCCGAUAUUCUGCUCCGGCCAACCUAUAUGUCAGAGUUCGGCGAGUUCCCCCGAGGUUCUCCAUCCCUCCGACAGACAAUGAGAUCAUGCCAGGAGGCAGCGUGAACAUCACUUGUGUGGCCGUGGGCUCCCCUAUGCCCUACGUCAAAUGGAUGCUGGGUGCUGAGGACCUGACCCCAGAGGACGACAUGCCAAUCGGACGCAACGUUCUGGAGCUGACAGACGUCCGUCAGUCUGCCAAUUACACCUGCGUGGCCAUGUCUACCCUGGGGGUCAUCGAGGCUGUGGCUCAGAUCACCGUCAAAGCCUUGCCGAAGCCCCCGGGAAUGCCCGUGGUGACAGAGCGGACGGCCACCAGCAUUACCCUGACGUGGGAUUCCGGAAACCCCGAGCCCGUCUCCUACUACAUCAUCCAGCACCGCUCCAAGCUGUCCGAGGACACGUACAAGGAGAUCGACGGUGUGGCCACCACCCGCUACAGCGUGGGCGGCCUCAGCCCCUACUCGGACUACGAGUUCCGUGUGGUGGCAGUGAACAAUAUCGGGCGCGGCCCGCCUAGCGAGCCCAUUGAGGCCCGGACGGCAGAGCAGGCGCCCAGCACGGCACCCAGGCAGGUUCGAGGCCGAAUGCUGAGCAGCACCACGGCCAUCAUCCACUGGGACGAGCCGGAGGAAGCCAAUGGACAGAUAAUGGGCUACCGGGUGUACUAUACCACAGACCCUACUCUGCACGUCAACUACUGGGAGAAGCAGAUGGUGCGCGGAGCAAACUUCCUCACCGUCCAGGGGCUUACCCCCAACAAGACGUACUACAUCAGGGUGCUGGCCUUUACCUCUGUAGGAGAUGGACCUUUGUCUCCAGACCUGCAGAUUGUGGCUAAAACUGGGGUUCCAUCUCAGCCUACUGACUUCAAAGCGGAAGCCAAAUCAGAAACUAGUAUCCUGUUGUCGUGGAUACCUCCAACACAGAAUGGUCAAGACAAUCAAAUUAUUGGAUAUGAACUUAUUUACAAGAAAGGAGAUGAAAAAGAGGAGAAACGCGUCAGCUUUGAGCCCACCAUCACCUAUCUGCUUAAGGACCUGAAGCCUUUCUCUACGUACAGCUUCCUGCUUGCUGCCCGCAGUAAGCUGGGCAUAGGAGCGUACACCAAUGAGAUCUCUGCCGAGACUCCCCAAACGCUGCCCUCAGCGCCUCCCCAAGAUGUUAAAUGCUCUAGCCCCAGUUCCACCAACAUCCUGGUAAGUUGGAGACCACCACCAGUGGAGCUACAGAAUGGAAUCAUAACCAAGUACUCCAUCAAGUACGCAGCCGUGGAAGGAGAGGACACAUCCACCCGCCAAAUCUCAGAUGUGCCUCCUGAAAGCUCUCAGUAUCUCUUGGAGAACUUGGAAAAAUGGACUGAGUACCGCGUGACCGUGAGCGCCCACACGGACGUCGGCCCAGGCCCUGAAAGUUUACCACAGCUCACCCGCACCGACGAGGAUGUUCCCAGUGGUCCCCCUCGCAAAGUCGAGGUGGAGGCCGUCAACUCCUCGUCCAUUAAGGUGGUCUGGCGUUCGCCGGUGCCCAACAGGCAACACGGCCAGAUCCGAGGCUACCAAGUCCAUUACGUCAAGAUGUUAAACGCAGAACCCAUCGGACAGCCGCUCAUCAAGGACAUCCUGAUCGACGAUGCUCAGUGGGAGUAUGACGAUCCAAUUGAACAUGAGAUGGUCCUUACAGACCUACAGGCUGAAACAACAUACUCUGUUGCCGUGGCAGCGUACACCACGAAAGGGGACGGUGCGCGCAGCAAGCCGAAGCUGGUGUCCACGACCGGCGCUGUUCCAGAGAAGCCAAAGCUCAUGGUGAGCCCAACCAACAUGGGCACGGCCCUCCUCCAAUGGCACCCACCGACGCUGACGCACGGCCCCCUGCAGGGCUACCGGCUGCGCUUCGGCCGCAAGGACGUCGAGCCGCUCACGGUCAUCGAGUUCCCCGAGAGGGAGAACCACUACACUACCAGGGAGAUCCACAAAGGCGCCUCCUACACUUUCCGUCUGUCUGCCCGCAACAAAGUUGGCUUCGGCGAAGAAACGGUGAAGGAGAUCUCCACCCCGGAGGACCUGCCCAAUGGGUACCCUCGGGGCAUCAGGACUGAGAGCACCACGGCCACCACCAUCCAGGUUAGCUGGGUGCCACUGGAGCUCAGUGAGCGAAAUGGCAACAUCAUCAAGUACGCCCUGCAGUACAAAGACAUCAACAGCCCCAGGAGUCCCACGGAGCUCUUCAUCACUGCCCCAGAGUCCACCAUCACCUUGGAUGGCCUGAAGGCCGAUACCACAUAUGAUAUCAAAAUGUGCGCGUUCACCAGCAAGGGCCCCGGUCCCUAUAGCCCCAGUGUCCAGUUCAGGACACAGCCUCUGGAUCAAGCAGUGUUUGCAAAAAAUUUUCACGUGAAAGCUGCCAUGAAGACGUCGGUUCUGCUAACAUGGGAGAUUCCGGAAAGCUACAAUCCUGCCCAACCUUUCACCAUCCUCUAUGACAAUGGGCAGAGCGUGGAGGUGGACGGCAAGCUGACCCAGAAGCUCAUCACCAACCUGCAGCCCGAGACGCAGUACUCCUUCCUGCUGACGAACCGCGGGAACAGUGCCGGCGGGCUGCAGCACCGCGUGUCCACCAUGACGGCGCCGGACGUGCUGCGCACCAAGCCCUACCUGGUCAGCAAGACCAACUCGGACGGCAUGGUGACGGUGGAGCUACCAUCAGUGCAGACUACCGAGAAAGUCAGGGGAUACUACAUCGUGGUGGUUCCCCUGAAGAAGCAGCGCACUGGGAAGUUCCUCAAGCCCUGGGACAGCCCUGACGAGAUGAAUCUGGAUGAGCUGCUCAAAGAGAUUAACAGAACCAGCCGAAGCCUUCGCUUCAGGAGGGAGCUGGAGCCCAAAGCUUACAUCGCCGCCUACUUCAAAGAGCUUCCCUCCGAGUUCACCCUGGGAGACGCCAAGAUGUACGGCGACUUUGAAAACAAGCCGCUCCAGAGUGGACAGGAGUACAUUUUCUUCGUCUUGGCCGUCCUCGACAUGUCUGACCAUACUAUGUAUGCCACCAGCCCCUAUUCGGACCCCGUGGUGUCCGCCGACAAUGACCCGCAGCCCAUCAUCGACGAAGAGGAGGGGCUCAUCUGGGUGGUGGGCCCGGUGCUGGCCGUCGUCUUCAUCAUCUGCAUCGUCAUCGCCAUCCUUCUGUACAAGAGCAAACCAGACAGGAAGAGGGCGGAGACCGACGGCCGGAAGGGAAGCCUACCCAGCAGCAAGGAGCUGCCAUCUCACCAUCCCACGGACCCCGUGGAACUGCGCCGACUUAACUUCCAGACACCUGGUUCAGGUGUCCCCGGUUACCCCGGUAGCCUCCGUUUGUCAAGUAUGGCUAGUCACCCACCGAUUCCCAUUAUGGAAUUAGCUGAUCAUCUAGAACGGUUGAAAGCCAAUGACAACCUGAAGUUCUCUCAAGAAUACGAGUCCGUCGAUCCAGGUCAGCAGUUCACCUGGGAACAUUCCAACCUGGAGGUCAACAAGCCAAAGAACAGAUAUGCCAACGUCAUCGCCUACGACCACUCGCGGGUGCUGCUCAGCGCCAUCGAAGGCAUUCCCGGAAGCGACUACAUCAAUUCCAACUACAUCGAUGGCUACCGACGGCAGAACGCUUACAUUGCCACCCAGGGGGCCUUGCCGGAGACGUUCGGCGACUUCUGGAGGAUGAUCUGGGAGCAGCGCAGUGCCAGUAUCGUCAUGAUGACGAAACUGGAGGAGAGAUCAAGGGUGAAGUGUGACCAGUACUGGCCCACGAGGGGCACAGAGACUUACGGGCUGAUCCAGGUGACCCUGCUGGAUACGGUGGAGCUGGCCGCAUACUGCGUCAGGACGUUCGCACUUUAUAAAAAUGGCUCCAGUGAGAAGCGGGAGGUGAGGCAUUUCCAGUUCACAGCCUGGCCCGACCAUGGGGUACCUGAGCACCCCACCCCCUUCCUGGCCUUCCUGAGGAGGGUGAAGGCCUGCAACCCGCCUGACGCGGGGCCCAUGGUGGUGCACUGCAGCGCCGGCGUGGGCAGGACGGGCUGCUUCAUCGUCAUCGACGCCAUGCUGGAGCGGAUAAAGCAUGAGAAAACCGUAGACAUCUACGGCCAUGUGACUCUCAUGAGAGCCCAGAGGAACUACAUGGUGCAGACGGAGGACCAGUACGUCUUCAUCCACGACGCCCUGCAGGAGGCGGUGACGUGCGGCAACACUGAGGUGCCCGCCCGCAACCUCUACGCCUACAUCCAGAAGCUGACGCAGAUCGAGUCCGGGGAGAAUGUCACCGGGAUGGAGCUGGAGUUCAAGCGUUUAGCCAACACUAAGGCUCACACAUCCAGAUUCAUCAGCGCCAAUCUUCCCUGCAACAAGUUCAAGAAUCGCCUCGUUAACAUAAUGCCAUAUGAGUCCACGCGAGUGUGUCUACAGCCCAUCCGAGGGGUGGAAGGCUCCGACUACAUCAAUGCCAGUUUCAUAGAUGGAUACAGACAGCAGAAGGCCUACAUCGCCACACAAGGGCCCUUGGCGGAGACCACGGAGGACUUCUGGCGGAUGUUGUGGGAACACAACUCCACCAUCGUAGUCAUGCUGACCAAGCUUCGCGAGAUGGGCCGCGAAAAAUGCCACCAAUACUGGCCCGCAGAGAGAUCCGCACGGUACCAGUACUUUGUCGUGGACCCUAUGGCGGAGUACAACAUGCCACAAUACAUACUAAGGGAAUUCAAAGUGACGGAUGCCAGGGAUGGACAGUCUCGAACAGUAAGGCAGUUCCAGUUCACUGAUUGGCCCGAGCAAGGAGUUCCAAAAUCAGGUGAAGGCUUCAUCGAUUUCAUAGGCCAAGUGCACAAAACAAAGGAGCAGUUUGGCCAGGAUGGGCCCAUCUCUGUGCACUGUAGUGCUGGUGUGGGGAGAACAGGCGUCUUCAUCACCCUCAGCAUUGUCUUAGAGCGGAUGCGCUACGAGGGCGUGGUGGACAUAUUCCAGACAGUCAAAAUGCUGAGAACACAGAGGCCAGCCAUGGUGCAGACGGAGGAUCAGUAUCAAUUCUGCUACAGAGCUGGACUGGAAUACCUGGGAAGCUUUGAUCACUAUGCAACGUAAAAGUUCCAUUACUGGGGGAAAAGCAACGGGACCCCUCGUCACCCAGAGAGCCGCUCUUGAGCCAUACCUACCUGCUUAAGAAGUACUUCUUCACUUCUAGCUAUGGACAGAUUAAGUGUCAAUUGUGAAACACAAACAAACGAAAAAAAAAGAAAAAACAGAUUCCGGGUGGACCAAGAAUUUAACUUGUUUCAUAAACUACCCCUGAGAAACCACAAAGGAAUCCUGACUGUUGAAGCAGCAUAAAGAUUGUUUGUUUUUGUUUCUUUUUUUCAUUUUACUUCGAGGAUUCCGUGUGAGUUCAAGACAAAACAUAGCUAUCAAGACAACAACAACAAACAAAACCAACCACUGCGGGAGGACCGGAGUUGGCGAUCAGAAUGGCCUGGAACUCAAUGCACACUGUACAGCGAACAUUUUCAGAGUUCCACUGUCACAAACACGAGGGAUGCUUUCAAAAGGGACACCACCCUCUUGGUGAAUUACGAAAGACAACAUGACAACAAUAAUAAUAAAGCCCAGUUCCCACCAAAUGGUUCACUAUUAAUAAUUAGGGAAGAUGGGGAAUGUUUAAAGAAAAUAAAACUUAUUGAUUUAGUUUUUUAGUACUUUAUUAUACAGCUGACCUGUGCUUCAUUUUUAACUGUGUAAAAUUAUUUCUCUUUUUUAACAAACUUUUAUCAUUUGAUGAAGUGAAUUAAACAGAACCUUUGCUUAAUAGUUUUAUUAUUUUUAUUUUAUUUUUUUUUUGUUUCAACGUGUAGCUUUUUUUAAGCUGUAGAACUGCUCUAAUGUAUGUACCUUCAAACAGAGGAAAUCAUUACUUUUUUUUUUUUUUUAGCUAUCUGGGGUUUUAUUUGUUUUGGGUUUUCAGUUUGUGCGGACCUGUAUUUACGGUAUCAAAUUUAGAAUUUAUAUCGGCGUUUUUUUUUUCCUUUUCUUCCCCCACUCCAUGUCACCAUAUUAGGUAUAUGGUUAACUAAUGCCCAUAACACCAAUGUAAUAAACUGGGACAUUGUGGAAUCAACAGGGGUGAGCAAAGUAUGAAGUUGCUGCUACAAAUUUUAUUAGUUCUUCCACGUUGACGUGUAUGAUUUGCCAAAACAGCCUCUGAAACGAAUUCCCAAGAAAAAUAUAUACCUAUAUAAUAUAUAAAUGAAUGAUGAAUACAUUUAUAAAUGUAUAUCUAAAAUAAGUUAUAUAUAGAAAGCUUCCACACAUCUCUGUAUUUUGGGGGAACUAUUCACUGGAAUGCACAUCGGUAGAACACAACCGUUUUCUGACAAAAUGCAUCUUUUCACAUGCAAUAAAUAAUUUUCUAUGUAGAUUUUAGUUUCUUUAUUUUGUGACUUUCCUCUGGAGAGCAUCACUGGGACGAAACGCCGGUGUUGCCAACAUCUAUCGGAGAACGACAGCCUGAGAUUUCAGAUCGGAUCUGGGUGCCGUACUGGAGUCUGAAAGGACAAAGGAAAUGUUACCAUUCUUAUCAAAUUCCCACGUUUCACGUAAAAUUGUUUUAAUUUAGCCUUUAUAGUGCCUUAUAUCUUAUGCCUGUUUUUAUAAUAAUCCUUUGAAUUAUUUUAUGCAUUACUUAAUUGGUCUAUCUAUAUAAAUAUACAUAUUUAUAUAUUUUACCUUAAGUACCAAUUUAUUUUGCUGUAUUAUAUGAAAUUCUAUAUGCAAACAAGAUGAUUGCAGUAGUUUUUUAUUUUCGUGGCCUUAGUCGGGCACCCCCCCCCCCCCCCCCCCCCACACACACACACACACAAACCUUAUCGUUACUUUACUUUCGGUUUCAUAUUUAAAAGUUAUUCAUGCUGUAACCAUAUAUUAUUAACCAGCACUUUGAAACUGUAGGUGCAGUAUAUUGAAAUUUAAAACAAGUUAUUUUGUUAGCAUGCAACAAUAUUACGUGUCGGGGCACUGAAGGUUACGUGCCAACAGAAAGAUUUUCUGUACAGGCAUGCGGACGGGACAACCAUUCGCCUCGGCGAAGCGCUUCAAACACUUUAGACUGUUUUAAGACCAAACCUUAGCAGUGAAAAAGCACUUUCUCUACUGAUGAGGAAAUAGAUGUUUCUAGGAAGACCCUGGAAGACAUUUAACAUGACCAGAAUGUACUGAAUGCAGAGUCCCAUCUGAAAACAAGCCUCCUACAAAGGAAGAGGCUGAUGUUUUAGGGGAUAAAUAUGGAUCAGGUACACAGAGACAUAUUAUUGAAAAAAAAAAAAAGCAAGAAGUGGGAAAAUGAUCCACUGGUGCAGGUUUGCUUUUAAAUUCCGACAAUCCUGACAUUUAUGAAGUGUUUAGCGUGCUUUUGUAGCAUUUUGAAAUACUUUUGUUUUCGGAUGUCAAAGAUUCACAGGUAAUUUUGAUUGGAUUCUUCCUCCAUGGAUGUGCAUUCCAGUUGUUUUCUUUCCCUUACGUUAAGCAGAUAAACUAAAAAAAAAAAAAUAUUAAAUCUGAAAAAAAGCCAGCUGCUCAGCCAAUCAGAAUUUUCUUCUCCUUCCUGCUUUUCUGUCCAAAGUAUGUAACUAAAUUAAUAUCAUUUAGCCCCUUAAAUCUGCGGAUUCCAUGUUUGAUUUUAUCUCGCAUUUGGCUACUUCUUUCCCUGUUAAAAUAAUAAUUAUUAAAUAUGCUCCUAUUGACUUACCCAUUGACUUCUAUUACAUUUCCAUGUUUCCUUUUGUAUUGUCACUUUUCAUUUUUUUAGAUAUGCAUGAUUACGUUACAGAAUGGCCACUGCAGGCUCCCGUAGGAAGAAUUGCACUUUCUAUAUCUUUGUACUAUGCACUGCCCUAUUGAUUCUAAACCCAAUAAUGCAUUACUUGAACCCAUGUGUAAGAAAUUAAUGAAACCUUCACUUUGUGUGUAUGUAAAUAACACAGAAAAUAAAAUAUCAGAUAUAAAUAAAAAGACAAAAAAAAAAAGGUUUGUGGCAGAAAUGCCUCCGUUUUGGUGCCAUGAUACUCCAACACACGACUGCAGAUCUGUCUUAAACAUCUGUUACGUGGCUUCGCCAUUGAAACUUGGGGUUUCAUAACAAAAAUAAACGUUGUGUUCUCUGCUCUCUAUCUAUCUCUCGUCUGGAUGCAUAGACUGAAAUUAAUAAAUGAAACUGUAAAAACAUGGCUUGUUAAAAGAAUCAUACAAUUACCUCUGAUUAGUAGUACGCGUAAAUGUUUUUUUUUUUUCUCAGAACGAAAGGAGUGCUUUUUAUUUUCUUACCUAGGUUACAUUGAUGGCGAAAGACAUCCGUCUGAAAAUCAGUUCUUUGCUGACUCAAGUUCCAUUUGUUACAAAUGAAUUCUAAUAAAAAAAAUGUCAGUGUUAUGCA